GGAAUACUCUACCAUAGCGUAGAUGUGAUUGUCGAUGAUUUCGAAACUGUUCUCAAGACUGUUCGCGCGGCGUUCGCCUUCUCGCUCUCAGCGCGGUGCAGGGUGUAGCGGCCAGCAGGUAGUUCGCAUUUUGACAUCUUGUCGCGUCUUGUGCACAUGCACUUUAUCUUUGCCGGCUUCACAAACGGAAAAGUUUACUAAAUGUCGAGCAAGAAGCGCCAACCGUUUUUCUUCUUCAUGCUGGAGAUUCAGAAGAAGAAGGCGGACAAAGGGAUUCGGCUAUCUAUGCGAGAGAUGCCAGAAAUCGCAUCGCCAUUGUGGGCUAACAUGUCCAAGGCUGAGAAGCGGCCCUACGAGGAGAAGGCGAGGUACAGCAAUGCCGAGGCGUCAGGCUCGGGGGGUCGCAAGACGUGCCACGGAGUGGACUACUCGCUCGUGGAGCAGGAGCAGCGACAGGCGGCAACGAAGGAGAAGAAGAUGAAGGAGGCUGUGAGUUCCAUGAUCUCGAAGGCGUGCGUGAAAGGCAUGCUUGGCUGUAUGAAAUUCUACGUGAUUCACGUGAAUUACUUCUGCGAAUCUCGUGCCAAUGGCAAGGUGAAAUAUUCCGCUGCUGAGCUGGCGAUUUUGGAGUUCAGUCUGCAGGACGGCGUUGGCCGCGGCAUGCACAUGCUCAUCAAUCUGGACACCUUGCCGUACGGAUUCACGUUCGAGGCUAAGCGCCACAGCAGUGAGACGCACGACUUGCCGCUGCCGCCUCAAACGGUGGGCAGCAUCAAGAUCCACGAGGCCGUGUCCGAAGUCAUCAAGUUCAUCGACUAUGACAAUGACAAUUCCGGCAUUAUUUUCACAUUCGACGAUCAUGUUUCCGUGGUGAGCAACAUAUUCGAGGAAGUGCUGAGCCAGCACAGCACCGAUCUGUUGGGAUAUCUGCGCUUCUACUCUCUCUCGGAGCUGCUCUUCCAUCUCAAGAAGGCCACAUACAACUUCGCCACCAACCAAGAGCAGUCGCAGACCUUCGCUUCCGUCUUCCUGGCCGAGAGCUACCUCGAGCGCGGCACCUUUGACUACGCUGAGGGCAUGGCGUGUGAGUAUCAUGAGGAAAACGACCGGGUUGUGCACUGCUCGCAAACGAAGGUCCGCGGCUGGGCGUACUCCAUCAUCCACAGCUGCGCUCCUGACCUCAACAUCGAUUUCGUGGAGGGCAAGCACGAGCCCCAGAAUACCAUGGCCGCGGGGAAGAGCACAUUCUCGGAUACUGCAUCUGUGUUCAGCUAUCCGGACACGGACGUGACGUCUGAAAUCAACGUCUUCAAUCCGAGCUGUAUGUCCAGUAAGUCCUCCGUGGCCAGCACCGCGAGCACCAUCGUACACACUGACGACUUCCUCGUUCUUCGCGAUUACAAGCGUGGAAAGGGCCGAGGAAAUUUACUUUAAUUUCAAUACUUCAUGUCAUUUUGAUUUCUUUCCCUUAUCACGUUAUGAAUUCUUUCUUUUUUUAAUUACACAUUCUGCCACAGGCUUUUGUCUAUGAGGCCAAUAAGUCCUGAAUUUACGCUGUGAACCUGUGAAGUGCCAAAUGAAUUAAUUUCAUACCUGAAUAAGAGUUAUUGAUAAGCAAUAUAGAAAUGAAUUACAAAUAAAAUUUUUAUUAUAAAGAGA